UCUAGGGCUCCCUGCCCAGCAUCCAUCUUCUUCCUCAGGUCUAAUCCACUUGCCAGCCCAUUCUCUUGCCACAGCAUUCGUUCUUCCAACUCCUCCCAACACAGUCGCCAUGGAUCCACCUCCAGUCUCAUCUCACCUCCGUUCCCUAAUUCUAUCAGAAAUUCAGAACAUUGGCCCCGGAGGCAGACUCCAACCCAACUCCAGUUCCUCCUUAUUCAGAACUCAUAUUCCUCUAGACCACCCCCUCAGUCACAUCCAUACCCUUUCUAUCAAUACCAUUUUACAAGCCAUUUCUCCCAGAACACUCCAAACCUACUGGACAGCUUGGAGUUCCUUCAAAAUCUUCCACAGAGCCCACAACUUGGUUUUCCCUGAGUUCUCCCUCCUCUCUAUAUCUUCCUUCAUCACUUACUUACAUCAUACCAAUUCAAUUAAACCAGGAUCCAUCAAAGUCUACCUCAGCGGCAUUCAUUUCUUUUAUAAGCUCAUCCAUGGCCAACAAUGCCCUAACAUUUCAAACCCUCAGAUCUUUCUCCUCAUCAAAGGUUUACAAAAAACCAACCCCCCCGGUCCAGACACCAGACAACCCCUAACCAUUGACUUCCUCAGCAUCUGCCUAACUACUCUACAUUCAGGUUCAUUUUCCCCUAACAAAAUAAGAACCCUAGAUGCCAUUUUCAAUCUGGCUUUCUUCGUCUUCCUCAGAGUCUCAGAAUUCACCACCAACUCAAACUUCAACCCAGCCAUACAUCCUACAUUCUCCGACCUUCAAGUAGUAAACCAUGACAUCAUUCGUUUCAACAUCAAAACAAGCAAAACCGAUCAAAUGAAACGCGGCCAUUCAAUCUUCAUUUUCAAUUUGCCAACCCCCAUCCAACCUUAUCAGUCCAUAGCCCCUUUCCGUUCACCCUAUGUCCACUUGCUGUCUCAAAUUUAUUCUGUUCUUUUUAGGGGUUUAUCAGAGCUCAAAUCAUUUCCUAAUGAUUAUAUGGGCAAACAAACUCGUUAA